AUGGCCAAAGGAAAAUGUUCUGAUACCGCAUUUUCAAUAACACUGAACAGAAAAGAUGCUCUCACAGAGGAUCAGAAGACCUUAGCUUCAUAUGGGAUCGUUUCUGGUGAUUUGAUAUGCUUGUUACUAGAAGAGCCAGAUGAACAACCCAGCCUACCUCCUCUUCCUCCUGCUGCUCCUGCCCCACUUCAGAAUGGUCAUGAGCCAUCCUCCUUGACCCCCAACAGCAGUCAGGCCAACAGUCCAAGAGAAGAAGGGCAGAAUGAGCCAUCUAACAGUGAGAAGGAUAGGAUGGAAGUUCAGGAGAGUGAUGAGAGGGCAGGAUCAAGCCUAGAAUUUCCUUCUGGAUUAGUCCCAGAAGAUGCUGACCUGGAAGAAGGUGCAGGUUCCUAUCCCUCCGAACCCAUGCUGUGCAGUGAAGCUGCUGAUGGUGAAACACCCCAUUCCUUGGAGAUGCUCUACCUUUCUGCUGAGUGUACCAGUGCCACUGAUGCCUUGAUUGUUCUGGUUCAUCUUCUCAUGAUGGAGACAGGCUAUGUACCUCAGGGGAUAGAAGCCAAGGCAGUCUCUAUGCCAGAGAAAUGGAGAGGGAAUGGUGUUUAUAAGCUGCAGUACACACAUCCCCUUUGUGGAGAAGGUUCUGCUGGUUUGACUUGUGUGCCUCUGGGAGAUCUUAUUGCUAUUAAUGCAACAUUAAAAAUCAACGAAGAGAUUAAAAGUGUGAAGAGAAUCCAGCUAUUGCCAUCAUCCUUUGUUUGCUUUCAGGACCCAGAGAAGGUUGCAGGUGUUUACAAAGACCUUCAGAAAUUAUCCCGUCUCUUUAAAGACCAGCUGGUUUACUCUCUCCUGGCUGCUGCCCGACAAGCUUUGAACUUGCCAGAUGUGUUUGGUUUAGUGGUCCUUCCUCUUGAGCUCAAGCUUCGGAUUUUCAGGCUUCUGGAUGUCCGUUCCCUCAUCUCUCUCUCCGCUGUUUGCCGUGAUCUGUACACAGCUUCCAAUGACCAGCUUCUCUGGAGGUUCAUGUACCUGCGGGAUUUCCGAGAUCCUAUUGCAAGGCCUCGUGACACAGACUGGAAAGAACUAUACAAGAAGAAGUUGAAACAGAAGAAGGAGGCCUUGAGAUGGAGGCACAUGAUGCUUCUGCCCCCUAUACCUCAUCCAAUUCCCUUUCAUCCCAACCCAUUCUAUCCUAAUCCCUUUCCACCCAACCCAUUCCCAUCAAAUCCAAUCUAUCCCCCAAUGAUCAUUGGGGGAGAAUAUGAUGAGAGACCAACACUUCCAUAUGUUGGAGACCCAAUUAACUCACUCAUUCCUGGCCAGGGAGAAGCACCAGGUCAGUUUCCUCCUUUCAGACCACAUUUUGACCCAAUUGGCUCCCUGCCUGGAGCAAACCCUACACUUCCAGGACGAGUUGGUCCCAGUGACAGGUUUCCACCUCGACCCAGCCGGGGCCGCCCCAUGGACAUUCGCCGUGCAUUCAUUUGAUUGCUGCUUUUUCCUGCAGGGAGUUUUAUAGUCACUGAGCUUGCUUUCUAACUGCAGGAGAUGGCAAAUCCCAGGCACUAACAUCUGCCUUCAGAUUGUGUCAAGAACAUGCGUGCAUGGUGAUGUCCCAGCCACAGAGGCUGGGUUUGUUUUGUGCUCUGGUAGUGCUGUACCACCUGGCACUUAAGGUCUGUUCCUCAAAGAGCUACGACUUAGAGCAGUUUGUUCUGCUGCCCCCCUCCGUGCCCUUAAUUGUCUGUGAAGUGCUACUUAGAGACCAGAAUACCGGCCAAAUCCUUACUGCAUCAGAUAAAGAGCACUUUAAAUACAAACCCUCUACUUGUCUGUCUUAUUUGAAGAGUUUUACCAAUUUGCCAGGAUGGAAGGUUUUGUUUAAAAUCUACCCGGCUAAUUAAUAAUCUUUAUUAACAGAAAAGUUACCACGUAGUACAGGAUACUGCCACUCUUAUGGUAGAUGUGUGCUAAUGGAAAUUUUUAAGAUGUUGUUUCCUUUUUCCUUUAAUAUUUUAUUAGGUAAAAAGCAUUUUUGUAUUGUUACUUAAUGCACAAAGAAUACAGCGAAGGGAUUUUCUUUACAAUGGAAAUAUUAGAACACAAAUUAAUUCAUUUUACAAACAAUUGAGUAAAGUCAUGCUACAGUGCAACUCAAGUCUAAGCAGAAGCAGAGCAAUUUUACGAAGAAUCAGCAGCAAAACUUUUGACACUGUCCUUGACUUUACAAAUAAGGAUCUGUAGUAUGUGACUGGAUUUACUGUGUUUGAACUAAAAGUGGUGUGACAAUGCAUCUUUUCUCCCUAUCUGACGCACUUAAAGAAUUAAAUAGGCUGACCUGGUUGCAGUAGGAAUGGGAUCACGACAACAUGAGAAGCAGAAUGAAUUCUGACUUCAGUAAAUUCCAUUUAAUUCCAUUACUUAGGUAUCAGAUGAUAUCUUGCCAAACAGAAAUGUCGUAGCGUGUAUGAGCACCUUUCAAGUGUUGUCUUAUUAACUAAUGAGCAGCUAACAAGACCACUGUUAAAGUUUCUUGAUAAGACCUGCAAGCUGAUGCAGGAGCUCAAUUAAAGGAAGACUGGAAUGACUAAAAUUUGCUAGAACAUUUAAUUUCUUAUGUAUUUUUUAAGGUGAUUGAUCUCAGUGUUUCUAUAAAUGUACAUGGUACUAAUGACUGUUGUGACAACUGAUAUUAUUUUCUAAAACUUUUUUGAAAUUCCAGCUAUGGAAAUGGAAUGACAUUUCCUGUUAAAUACAAGUUAUUUAAUCAGUAAUACUUAUGUGCUUUUUCAGGUGAGAUUUCAGUGGUUCAUCUUCUUGUUUUGUAUAAAAUUAGCUGACUUCAGUAAGGUCAGGGAGUUUUGCCAGUGAAAGUAAAAUAUAAUACUUUAUUUUGCUGUCAAAAGUUGUAUUGCUUCUUUCUUCCUUUCCUACUUCACAGAGAUAGUUUUCCUUUACUACCAAGAUUAACCUUAACUUUUAACAUUUGUUUUGAAUAGUUGAAUUGCCUUGUUCCAAAAGCAUUUUCACCAGUGAAAUAUAUGGUCAGAUCUCUUAGAGUUUGCAGCAAUUCUUUAUAUUCCAUUGACUAUAAAAAGGAAAAGCAAAAUCUACACUGUAUUGGUCUUGCACCAUUUUGUCCUUGUGAUGAGUGCUUCAGCAGUGCAUAAAUAAUAUUCAGAUUAGGUUGCAAAGCUGAUAGAAUAAUUCAUAACUUAGCCUUUUCUUUUUUUUCCAAGCUAUUUCUGGGAACAGUGAUCACAUAAUGCGUGUGAGAAGUUAAUUUUGUGGUGCCAGUGGUACUCACAUUGCCAAUGCCUUGAUGACAGUCACAUGGUUUGUCCUGCUGGCAAGCCUUGUGCUGCUCUGGAAUUGGGCCCUCUUUGUUGUGAAGGCAACCAUGAAGUCAUAGUUCUGCUAGGCUGAUGCCAGAGGUUCAGUUUAUCCUGGAUUUUGUCAUUGAAGUGUUCAUUUCUGAAGUAAUGAACUCAGCCCUUUUACACAUACACCACUAAAUGACCUGAAGAUAUUCCUUCUCUUUUUUUUGUUGUCCCUCACAUGCAGUAAAGGUGUUGUGACCCAAAGAUUAGGAAACCUGACGCAGCUGGAACUGUAAAGUUUCUUAAAAAGGAGUUCCUGUUUAUUCAUAAAGCAGGGUAUAAAGUAUCUCAGGACCAACACUAUAAAAUUAGAAGACAGAACAGAGGAAAUACUUGAAAACUAUGGCUGCUUGCUUUGUUUAUUUGCCAGCUCCUAAGUCAAGUGUAUGUGUCAUUGCUGUUGCAAAUGAUAAAGAGAAAUCACAAAAUAUGAAAUGCCUUAAGAUGAGCAUUCCUGACCUGUACUGUUCAUCAGUAUCUAUCGCUGUAAAUGUUGCUACUGAGUCACUUGGAAAUUAAGGAACUAUUAUCCUUGGCUUUUCUAUCUGUUGUUUUAUCUUAUUCAUGAAACCUUAAGCCAAUCAGAUGAAGCAACAGCCAUACACAAGGUAUAAGGUCUUACAUACCUGCUUGUGAUUAGUGGAAGACUGUAAAAUACCACAGCAUUUACAAGUAGGACUGCUGUUCUUCUGGACCUUAGCUUGCCUGGGAAUGUGUGUUCCAUUCCUCUUGAAAUACCACACCUAGCUAUGACAACAAAGUAAAUACAUUCUUCAGUUUCUAGCUAAACAGCGAAAUGUAAACUAAUUUUCCAGGUGAUGGAUAUGGUUGGGUGUCGUAGCUGUGUCCCAGCUACUUCUUGGGCUGGACCCAAACACACAAACCUACUCGUGUUUCCUGGCUUCCAUGUGAAGAAAAUUAAAGCAAUUAGGACAAAAGCAGCUUUGACCUGGUGCUCAGUUUUCACAUCUGUGUGAGAAAGAUCCCAAGGUGUGCUGUGGGGCUUGUGUGCCCUGUGAUUUAAAUGUAGCUUCUUUUUACCAGAUUUCCUGUUUUCUUACUGCCCCUGCUGUUAUGUUUAGCUACCUAAAUGCCUCUUGGGUAUACCUUAGUUUCCUAUUCAUAUGAAAGGAGAAUACCCCUUGUAUUCCCUCUUCUCUUUUCCUGGAGUGUAGGGAUUUUGGAGUAGAAAGUCAGCAUCGUUGGUGGUAACUUGAAGAUGGGAUGAUGCAUUUGUGAAUCUCCUGCUAGCAACAUCUAGUAUGUAAGCAUCAUAGCUGUAGACUGGAAGUGUACUGUUGGGACAGGCCACAACAGAUUUUCAUAAUUCUAACUUUGGAAAUAACUCAGUGUUUUAAAGCACUUCUGUGAAUAGAACUGAAGGUGUAUUUUCAGGAGCUAUGGACUAAAUUAAGCUGAGAAUGCCUGUUGUUUAUAUUUGGUGUUACAACUUAAAGCUAGGCAGUGUGAUGCAAUUCUAUUCGCUUGUCCCUUGAAAGGUGACAGCUGGGAGCUGUAGGCAAAUGAAGAGAUUGAGUCACUGCUGGGUAUCAAAUCUGACAGUGCUAUCCUGUUCCUGUGGUCUGUCAGAGGACAGUCCUGCUGUGUUCAAGUGCAGCCUGAGCAAAUGACCUGGCUGUUGCACUUUCAGUGAUGAACUGCUGUUGACUUAUGGGGCUAUGUCGUACUAGUCACCAUUCCUUUUUUGCAUAUGUUGGUGAAGGAAUCACAGAGUUUCAGGGGAUAAAGCAUUCUAGGAUUCUUGCAGUAAGUUUUCAUUUCUGUCUCUUCAUUUCUGGUGACCAUUUAGUAGGGAAAGGCAUAAACCAUGCUGAGGGAAGUGUUAGAGAAGGAAAUCCUCUCCUGCCAGGGUUGUUUUACCUCUUUUCUAUGUAGUGAAGUCUGUUAAACUGCUUCUCUUGCCAGUGUGACACUGCUUGCUCAAGGCCAUUUCUCACUCUUUUAUUUCUCCUGGAGACUGGAAAAUAGCAGGGACUGGGUUUUUUCCCCUCAGAUGAUGAUGCUACAUUGUAAACUGCUUAUCAAACCCUAAAGGACAACACAGAGCUGAGGAAAACAAAACAAAAGAGAAGAUAAACCAUCUGAGAAUAAGGUGAUUCUGUAAUACUGAACUUGAGGUAUAAGUCAUUGAUCCAGAUGAUUCUCUUGAGGGACUUCCAAUCUGGGAAAGCUAUGCUGUUACUUGUCAUUAUUUGUGCAGAGGCCUGCUCAGGGGUAGGUCAUACAAGGUCCAGAUGACUUCAUUGGAUUUAGAUGUUCAUUACAGGUGCUAUGCAGGAAGGAUUUCCUUGUUUGGCUUUAUUCCCACUAGUGAAUCAUAAGAUCCAAGAUGGCAAAUGCAGCUGUUGCUUUUGCUGCUUUGGGGAUCUCCUUGUUUAUCCUUCCUUGUUUAAGUGACAGCAAAGAUCUGGGCCAUUGGCUCAAAUAUUUAUUUAACUUACUGACCUCCCUGGGCAUUUCUAGGUAUCAUCAUGGUGAAGUUGGCAGGGGAAGCACAAAGGCAAGUCUGGCCUCAAAGCUGCAUUUUGAGGAGGCAGGAUGAGGACUGGCACCUGCAUUAGGUGUGUUCCAAACAGACCUCCCAGGGUGCAAGGGGGUAGGCUCUCAGCUGCUAUAAAUAGCUAUAGAUAUAUGGAUUUACCCACAUAUUAUGGGGUGAGUUUUUUCAAUCAUGAACACAGCUUGUGUGGGGUUUGUCAUGUCCCAGUUCCAGUAUAUGUGCACAGACACAGCUUCUUUCGGUGUUGCAGGCUUAGAGGAAAAGCACACCAGAAAGAUUCAUCUGUCUUCUCUGGAAGAAUAAUUCUUCGGACUGGUCAGGGAGAACUAAUACUGUUGUUACCUUCUUGGGACAAUCCCAUACAUGCCCUCAUGUGGCUUGGUGUCUCAGGAAGGACCCAGGUCAUCUUAUUUGUGAAAUAAUUUUCCAGAUCUGUUGCAAGUUUGUCACCUUGCAAUCAUUUUGCAUUCAUCCCAGCAAAGUCAGUGGGAAUUCAAGGCAGGAUACAGGAUUUCACUCCAUCUCUCUGUCCAUUCAGUAUUAUGGAACACUCAGCACACAACUAUGUGCACUUCAUCAGUUCUGCUAUUAAUUAAGCAUGUUCCUGAGGGACAUACGCAGCCAGAUGUGACCAAGUCACCAAAGUGCUUGGAGUUUAGCUGGGUUUUGUCUGGAAUUUGUGUGAACUGUGAAUGUGAACUCUGGUGUUUUCAGGGGCAGGGGAAGAAGUUGUUUUUUGUGUGGAAGACCCAUUUCUUAGGUUACUUUUGAACUAAGGCUACAGGGUUAGAACAUGACAUUUCUCUCAGAACUUGGGAAUCACGUGCAGGAGACAUAAAUGAAAGGCAUGAGACAGAGAUGUUUUAUCUGCUGUAAGCAGAGUGAUCUGGAACAAAGCAGCAGUCCAUCUGGCUGACCUGCUUGUGUGAUCUUUGGUGCUUACUGAUGCCUCGUACUGUAUUUAUCUUGAACGUAGUUUUGCUCUGAAAAGUGACCUUUUAUGAAGUUGCUGUAAUGAAAUUCCACAGUUCACUGGAUGCUCAAGCGUUCUUACUUUGUCGGUCAAUGGAUGCUUAUUCUUGAUACUUAUUCUCUGCCUUUGCAUAUAUGUUUCUGAAAGAAGUCUAAUUUCUUUUAGCUUGAACUUAACAAGAAUUCAUUAAUUGGAAGUUAAGAAUUGUAUUGACAAGUCAAAAUAAAA